AUGGAAAACUCAAAUUAUCCAUUAAUUGGGUCAUUUACACGGAUGCUCAACGAUGACCAGUUUUUAAUAAAUCAAAUGAAUAUUGAUUAUGGAACUCAUACCAGUCUUUUGGAUACUUGUACAUCCCCUAUUACCAACCACCUGCAACAAGAAUCAAUAGGAUUAGAUGAGCUUCAAUUUGUGUCUUUGAAUCGUAAUAAAGUUGAUAGUGAUGGAGUAGACAGAGAAGGAGAAGAUGCCAAUGAAGAACUACAUAUGGUUGGUGAUGAUAUCAUUGUAGAGGAGGAAGUAGAUGAAGAAGAAAAUGUUGUGGCAUUAGGUGCUGAGUUUUGUGUCGGACAAGAAUUUUCCAACAAAAGUGCAUUGAAUGAAGCUGUUACUAGCUACUCUAUAAAAAAAAAUCAACGUUUUAUUGUACUUGAGUCUAGACCUCACACAGUCACGUUCAAGUGUGGCCGGAAACCAGUUGGGUGUUCUUGGAAGCUAAGAGGUUCACAGAAGAGUUAUUCUUCUGAUGUGUUUACAAUUGUAUCCUACCAAGGUCCUCAUGAUUCCACAUGUGUCAGCGACAUUCUUCAACUAGAUCAUCAAAACAUGGACUCUAAAUUCAUUAGUUACCAUGUAAGGAAUAUAGUGGAGGCAGAUAUUUCCAUUAAAGUUCGAGUCCUAAUUGAGGUUAUCAAGCAACAAUUUCAUUUCACAAUCUCAUAUAAGAAGGCUUGGCUCGCAAAACAAAAGGCAAUAGCUUAUAUAUUUUGUGAUUGGGAGGAAUCGUUUCAAAUACUCCCGCACUUUAUGCAAGAAAUGAAGAAAGCUAAUCCAGGGACUAUUGUGCACUUUGCUAACCAUCGAACUGCAAAUCCCAAUUAUGAGAUUUUCCAAAGAGUAUUCUGGGCAUUUGGACCCUCAAUACAGGGCUUCCAACAUUGUCGACCAAUUAUCACUAUCGAUGGGACUCACUUGUAUGGAAAAUAUAAGGGGACACUUCUAAUAGUUAUGAGUGUUGAUGCUAACAACCAAAUAUUUCCCCUUGCUUUUGCCAUUGUCGAAGGAGAAAAUGGUGAGAGUUGGCCAUGGUUUAUGGCAUGUAUUAGGAGAUUUGUGACACAACGAACUGGAUUGUGUGUACUUUCAGACCGACAUUUGGGUAUCAUGAAAGCUAUGACUCAAGAUAAUAGUGGUUGGACCGAGCCAUAUGCGUACCAUAUAUUUUGCAUUCGCCACUUGACUUCAAAUGUCAAUACGGAAUUCAAAAACAGAGAGUUGAAAAACAAAGUUGGUUGGACAGCUUUCCAACAUUAA